CUCUAUAUCACCCCCCAACUGAGCCAACACCCCCCCCCCCGGCUCCUCCCUCUUUCUCUCUCUCUAUCUCUCACACACACUUGUCUUCUUCUUCUUCUUCUUCUUUCUUCCCAACCUAACCCAACCCAACCCAACAGACAACAGAGUUCAAAGAUGCUUUUUGUUUUUUUGCAUUGCCAUUUGUUGUUUUUCUUGUACUUGCAUUCAUGGCCAGCCACUCUUCCCCAAUCUCACAAGCCCUUUUCAACUUUUUGAACUUUCUUGCUUUUGCUUUAUUCUCUCUCUCAAUUUCUUCCUCAUUCAUUUUCAACUGUAACCUACUACUACCCAUUUCAAGAAUUCCAAAACCCAUUAGAGCCCUCCUGAAAUAUUUCCCUAUAUAAAUCCAGCCUCACCCUCCUCCCAAAACCCCAAGACCUACUACUACUACACCUCCUAGGCACAAAAUACUCUCUCCUCCCUGAAGCAUUCAAUUCAAAUUUCAAGGUUGAAGAAGAUGAAGGAAUUAUGGACCUCUCUGGCUUCAAUAAUGGGCGUCUGGGCCUUCUGCCAGAGCCUCCUCCACACCGUCUUCCCGCCGGAGCUCCGCUUCGCCUCCCUCCGAAUCGUCAGCCGACUCUUCAGCUCGUUCUCCUCCUACUGCUUCUACGACAUCACGGAGAUCGACGGCGUCAACACCAACGAGCUCUACAACGCCGUCCAGCUCUACCUCAGCAGCUCCGCCUCCAUCGCCGGCAGCCGCCUCAGCCUCACCCGCGCCGUCAACUCCAGCGCCAUCACCUUCGGCCUCUCCAACAACGACAGCCUUGUCGACGUCUUCCAAGGCGUCCCCGUCCUCUGGGAGCACGUCGUCACGCAGCGCCAGAACCAGACCCUCUCGUGGCGCCCAUUGCCGGAAGAGAAGAGAGGCUUCACUCUCAGAAUCAAGAAGAAGGACAAGUCUCUCAUCCUCGAUUCCUACCUCGAUCACAUCAUGGAGAAGGCCAAUGAUAUCAGGAGAAAGAAUCAAGAUCGGUUUCUCUACACCAAUUCUCGAGGCGGCUCUCUCGAUUCCAGAGGCCAGCCAUGGGAGUCCGUUCCGUUCAAGCAUCCAAGCACAUUCGAAACCUUGGCCAUGGAUCCAGCCAAGAAGGAAGAGAUCAUGACCGAUCUCAAGGACUUCGCCAAUGGCCAGUCUUUCUAUCAGAAGACUGGCCGGGCCUGGAAGAGAGGCUAUCUCCUGUACGGCCCGCCGGGAACCGGCAAAUCGAGCAUGAUCGCCGCCAUGGCGAACUACCUCGGCUAUGAUAUCUACGAUCUGGAAUUAACCGAAGUUCACCACAAUUCCGACCUGAGGAAGCUCUUGAUGAAGACGACUUCGAAAUCGAUAAUCGUGAUCGAAGACAUUGAUUGCUCCAUCAAUUUGACGAACCGGAAGAAGACCGCGGCUGGCGCGCCAGCGAGGAGCCACCUCGAUGAAAUGAGAGGCGGCGCUGUCCCGGCCGGCGCCGGCGAGGACGGCGGGAAUUCGAUCACGCUUUCCGGCUUGCUGAACUUCACCGACGGGCUCUGGUCGUGCUGCGGCAGCGAGCGGAUCUUCGUCUUCACGACGAACCACAUCGAGCGGCUUGAUCCGGCAUUGUUGCGAAGUGGCCGAAUGGAUAUGCAUAUAUUCAUGAGCUAUUGCUCUUUCCCGGCAUUGAAGAUUCUGCUGAAGAAUUACCUAGGGUUGGGCGACGGCAACUUGGACGAGCGGCUGUUAACGGAGUUGGAGGAGGUGGUAGGCGAGGUGCGGAUGACUCCGGCGGACAUCAGCGAGGUCCUGAUCAAGAACCGGCGGAGCAAGGAGAAGGCGGCGAACGAGCUUCUGAAGGUGCUGAAGUCGAGAGCCGAGAAGAACAGAGGCAACGCUGGCGGCGACCCGAGGGAGAGGAGUUCGUCGGAAGAUGCAGACGGAGAGGAGGAGCAAGUGAAGCGUCCUCUGGAGAGCCCGAAGCAAGGCGGCGAGCCGCAAGAAAGCAGCCUCGAGAAAGGCCAUGAAAACGGCGGUGGCGAGGACAAGAAGCCGAAUUAACCAUAGCCAUUUGCUUGCAGAGGAAAUUCAACAGCUGGUAGAGCAUAUAAAACCAAAAGCUUAAUUUUACAUCCAAUCCAUUUCAAUUAAUUUAAACCUGUUCUAUGGCCAUGGGUCUUCUUCUUCAUCUUCCAUCUUCACCAUCAUUCAUCUAUCUGUGUAUCUAUCUCUAUCCAUCCGUUUUUUGGGGGCCAAAUAAUGAAACGGAUCAUAUCAAGCGUUAUAUAUAAAAAUUAUAUUAUAUUUCUAUCCAUCCAUCCAUCUAUCUAUUUGGGGGCCAGCCAUUGAUUUUAUCUUCUUCACAUGCUUCUUAGCUGGCCGUGCUGUGCCUCCACCCCCCACACUACAGGCUACAGCGGCACAUGCCCAAAAAAUCUCUUCAAUUUUCUCGAGAAAAUGCUGCCGUCAUAUUUAAUUUUCUCGGGAAAAUAUUACCAACAGGUAUCGAAGAAAUCAAGGCAAUAAUUAUUCAGACAAGGAGCAAAUCCGAAGGGAAGGAAAAGCAAGAUGGAGGAUUUGGGCACUAAAAAAGAAAAAAAAGAAAGAAAAUCAAAAGAAAAUGUCUCCCCCCCAAGUGCAGUCCGACCGACCUCAUUUCAUGUGUUGAUUCGAUUUGGACCCAUACAUCAUACCUUUUAUUAUUAUUAUUCAAUUUAAUAAUAUUCAUGAAGUGGAUUGAAAUGAAAGGGGGGA